AUGAAGGGUUUGAGGGGGACUGAAGUGACCGUCGUCGGGAACGCGAGCUUCGAGCAGAAGCGGGCUGGCGUCGGCGUGGUCAUUUCGGUGAUGACGGGAGUGCGAACGACCCCCAUGGGAUCUCCCCUCAUUCACGCCACAACCCUCCGCCGCCCCCUCCUCACUUUCUCUCUCAUCCUCCAAUUAUUCACCAGAUCGUCGUUUGCAGAAACAGGCAUGGCCUCCACGAUCUUGUCCCCGUCCUCAUCCUCCCCUUGCGGUGACGACGACCGCCACAUCCCCACCGCCCUAGCCCUCCUUGCCGUGACCGCCGUCGUCGCCAUCGACGUCCGCCGCCUCCCUCCCCGAUGUUGGUCGCCCAACGAGACGACGACCAUUAUUGACGCCUAUAGGGACAACUGGUGCUCCCUCCGACGCAGCAACCUCCGCUGCGCUGCCCCGGCACGCCUCCGAAGACCGCCGUCCAGUGCCGCCACAAGAUGGAGAAGCUCUGCAAGCGGUACCGCCGCGAGCGGCGGCAUCCGCCUGUAUGCCUCGUCGUGGGCCCACUUCCAGGGGAUGGACUCCAUGGAGAAGGGAUUCGGCGGCGAUCCGUCCGAAUCCUCAGAUGGCGAGGUUUUCAAAGAUGGGCUUUUGGGAAGGAAUGAAAUUGGGAAAAGGGCCGGCGAGAGCAUGAAGAGAAAGAAAAUGAAUGGUGGUAGUGGCAGUGAGGUGGCGGCGACAAUUCAGCGGCGACAAUUAAAAAAAAAAAGUAGCUGA